AUGGAUCAGAAAUUGCCGUCUCUGACAUUAAAUGCAUCCCUCCCUUCCCUCCCACACCAACAGACACCCCCGGGUAAUCCUGACUUCGUGUCCCUACCAGCCAAGUACAGAUGUACAAUAUGCCGUGGAGUCCUCAGGGACGCUGUACAAACACUGUGUGGUCACAGGGCUUGUGGUCAGUGUGUGGACCAGCUACUGACCGGAAAUCCCAAGAGAAUCAAGUGUCCAGCCAACGAGGAGUUUUGUGUCAUACUAAAUGGGACUGAGAUACAUGGCGACUUCAGUAUCCGGAGAGAGGUUCGUAACUUGGAGGUGUACUGUGCUCAUCAACAGGAAGGAUGUAAGGAGAUUAUACAAUGGAGAAAACUGGAGGUACAUGUGAAAACAUGCGAGUACAAAGUCACGUUCUGCAGAUAUCAUCCAGCAGGCUGUCAGAUAAAUCUUCCGAAGAAAGAUGAGGAAAGUCAUGCAGUGAAUUGUGAAUUUCGAACUGUUUGUUGUGAACUUUGUUCCCAACAUCAAACUUAUAAUCGUCUAAAGAAACACAAAGAAACGGAGUGUCCUAACGUAAUAGUGAAUUGCAAAUACAACUGUGAAAAACAGCCAUGCCCAAGAUUGGAGAUGAAUGUCCAUGCCGAGGCGGAAUGUCCCAAAAGACCACGAUUCUGUAAAUAUCAUACAAUUGGAUGCGACUUCACGGGUUCAGAGGAAGAAAUAAGGAGACAUUGUCAAGUGUCCCAGGAUCAGCAUAUCCAGCUCACAGCAUUACAAUCACAAGAAACCAGCCUAGAUAAUGUCAACUGUAGGAGAAAAAUAAAAGAACUUUCAACACAUAUACAAAGUCUACAAGAGAUUUUAACGGAACAUUCAAAACAAAUGGAAUACCUUACAACAGUCAUAGAAGGCGUUAAGACAUCAAUAAAGGAUAUAAAGCUGAAAGCAGUUUCACAGACAGAAAGACUCAUUAAUGUAGAACGCAGAGUUGAAAACAUGGCUGACAAAGAGGAGAUGGAGAAACAACGUAGAGAUAUAUUGUUGUUAAAAGACAAGCAUGGGACACUGGAACAGCGAGUGACGUACUUGGAGAGGGCGGGUCCAGAGGGAGGCAAAACGGUGCGAUCACAGCUUCAUCAACACGAUCGACAACUAGCAUUAAUGGAUGCUCGGUGUGCUGAGAUAGACUUGAAGAUGCAGGUUAUGGAGGCGGCAAGCUACGACGGAGUGUUGAUGUGGAAGAUAAGAGAUUACAGUAAAAGAAAGCAAGAUGCAAAGACAGGAAGGACUGUAUCACUGUACAGUCAGCCAUUCUACACGGGAAGAUUUGGAUAUAAAAUGUGUGCGCGUGUUUAUUUGAAUGGAGAUGGCGUUGGAAAAGGCACGCACUUGUCUUUAUUCUUUGUUGUCCAGAAAGGUGAAUAUGACGCGCUGCUACCAUGGCCUUUCAAACAGAAAGUUACGCUGAUGUUGUUAGAUCAGGAAAACAGAACAAGACAUAUCGCUGAUUCGUUUAGACCAGAUGUAAAAAGCUCUAGUUUUAAACGACCGAAUACAGAGAUGAAUAUAGCUUCUGGUUGUCCAAUGUUUGUAAGUCACCCUGUUUUAGAAACACCUGGAUACCUCAGAGACGACACGAUAUUCAUCAAAGUAGUGGUAGCCACCGACGAUUUGAAACUACAUUAG